UGCUAUAUUAGCUGGCAGUGGCACCACACCACUGAAUGAUGUCCACCUCACGCCUCACUCAACUUAUCACUUCUCUCCUCCUAAUCGCCGCCGCUGCAACCACCGUCUCCGCCACCGAUCACAUCGUUGGCGCCAAUCGUGGAUGGAAUCCAGGCAUCAACUACACUCUCUGGUCCAACAAUCACACCUUCUACGUCGGAGACUUCAUCUCAUUUAGGUAUCUGAAGACGCAGUACAAUGUGUUUGAGGUGAACAAAACUGGCUACGAUAAUUGUACGCUCGACAGUGCCGUAGGGAACUGGAGCAGUGGAAAAGACUUCAUUCUUCUCAACAAAUCGCAGCGGUAUUACUUCAUUUGCGGCACCGGCGGUUGUUUUAACGGUAUGAAAGUUACGAUUCGUGUUCAUCCGCUUCCUUCUCCUCCUUCCUCCGCCGUCGCUGCUUCCGAGCACUCUACUUCCACCGCCGCCGGUAAAUCCAUCUUCAAUGUAGCGUUUGUGGUUCUGGCAUCACUUAUUUGGCUUGGAUCUGGCACGAUCUGUGAAUUCUAAAUGGUUAGAACUGAAAGAUGUGUGGAGAAGUCUGCCAUCACUCAUCAGGUGUGUUCUCUGUUCAAUCAUGAUUAGGCGUUUCAGUUUUGAAUUUGUGUUUGC